AUGACUCUGGGGGUGCUGAGAGCUGCAAGAAAAAUUCCCAAACAGACAGUCAUGUCAGGCCCCCUGAUACUCUCCUUCCCAGUCCUCUACUUCCUCCUCUUCAUUUUUGUGACCUCAACAGUCUUCCACCUUCAACUUCGACUCUCAAAGAUGUCCAAAUCACAGCCACCAACUUAUGACAUAUCAGCCCCUGCAACCUCCCACCACCUUGAUGGCAUCUGGACUGUGAAUUCUAUAGGCCGUCUAGGAAACCAGAUGGGUGAGUAUGCUACCCUCUAUGCCCUGGCAAAACUCAAUGGACAUCAGGCCUACAUCUCACCUGAGAUGCAUCAGCACCUAGCUCCCAUCUUCCGCAUCACUCUUCCUGUUCUCCCAACCAAUGUAGCCAAGAAUAUACCUUGGCGUAACUACCCCCUUCAUGACUGGAUGUCAGAGGAAUACUACCAUAUUGAUGGUUCCUAUGUCCGUCUCACUGGCUACCCCUGUUCCUGGACUUUUUACCACCACCUCCAAGAAGAGAUUCGUCAUGAAUUCUCCCUGCAUGACCAUAUCCGAAAGGAGGCUCAGGCCUAUCUACGGAGGAUACAGAAAAAACCAGCCACCUUUGUGGGGGUCCAUGUCCGCCGAGGUGACUAUGUUAAUAUCAUGCCCCAGAGCUGGAAGGGUGUGGUAGCAGACAAGGGCUACUUGGAACAAGCAAUGAAUUGGUUCAGAGCCCGUUACAGUGAUGCUCUCUUUGUGGUCACCAGCAAUGGGAUGGCAUGGUGCCGGGACAACAUUGACAACACAAAGGGAGAUGUGAUAUUUGCAGGGGAUGGGAUUGAGAAUUCUCCAGCGAAGGAUUUUGCUCUGCUGACCCAGUGCAACCACACCAUCAUGACCAUUGGCACUUUUGGCAUCUGGGCUGCCUACCUGGCAGGCGGUGAGACGAUCUAUUUGGCCAACUACACCCUUCCUAACUCACCUUUCCUCAAAAUCUUCAAGCCUGAGGCAGCCUUCCUGCCUGAAUGGAUAGGGAUCUCAGCUGACCUAUCACCUCUACUCAAGAAAUCAACAUAG